UUCGACGCUUCAUGAAGCAGUGUUUUGAAAUCGCCCAUCACUAGAUAUUGUUGAAUAAAGUCGUUAUUUUGUUUUUUUUGGCACACAAAAAGUAUUCUCGUCUCUUCAUAACAUUAAGGUUGAACCACUGUAGUCACAUGAACUGUUUUAAAUACAUCUUUAGUAGCUUCCUGGGCAUCUGAAAGUGUUAAUUAUCUUGCUGUCCAUGGAGGCCAUCGGACUUCAUCAAAAAUAUCUUAAUUUGUGUUCUGAAGAUGAACGAAGGUCUUAAGGGUGUAGAACGACAAGAGGGUGAGUAAUAAAUGACAGAAUUUUAAUUUUUGGGUGAACUAACACUUUAAUUUGACAUGGAAUGACCCAUAUAAAUAUUACACUCAACACACUUUAUUACAAAAAAGACAUUUUUUACAUUUUUUUUUUCUUAUAAAUGUUUCUCUGUUUUAUUAAUUACCAAUACAUCCAUCAGCAUCCAUUUCCUACCAUCUUCACUUCUGUGUGCCAUUGUCUCUACAAGAGAAAGCUGCGGCUGUGGUCUCAAAAUGACCAGGAAAAAACAAAGCUAACAGACAUAUAAUUAAAGAUUAUUUGCAAUAUGUUGUAUCAUAACAGCAUAUUUCCUUUCAACAUUCAUGCACCAUUUAUUCAGAUGUUUCACUUCAUUGAUCACUACUUGCACGAGUUGCAUAUAUCAGCGAAUGUUUGGUUAAAUCAGAUUACAUUAAAAAUCUGCAAAUCAACUGUAAAUAGUUGUUUAUCAUUUUACUUCAUAAUUUUGUAUGAAGUUACUAUUAUGGUGAUCAGUUUUUCCAUUUGACUUGUUUUUAUUGAAACGAAGGGCACUGUGGUCAUAUGGAGGUGGGCUUUAAACCACCAAUUUGUGUUUUCAACUUCUUUAACCAUUAGACUACACCGCACGGAAACAUCUUCCAAUCAUAACUCAUAAGUGUCCGAACGUGCUUCUGUACAGCUAUAUAAUCUUCAUCUGUCUACUCUGAUUUGAACAGAAGCUCUGAGAAGAAGGUAAGUCUUUGAUUAUUUCUGUUAAAAAAGCAUAUUUGGCUAAUAAUUUAUAAAUAAAUGAUAGCAUGCAAUGAAUAAUGUAAAUAAAUUGCUAUAUAAACAAUUAUUUUAAGCUAUAUUUAGCAUAUGCAAAAAAUAUCCUAUUUCUGAAUGUGCUUUUUUUUUUCAGCUGUUGCAGAUCUGAUUUACUGAGAGAACUUUCAGAUCAUUCAAAUUAAACUACCAAUAUUUGCUUUUGAUUAGCUUAAAUUCAGUUACAAUAUAUAAUUCAUGAUGUUAAGCAAGUUGUCUUAUUUUGUUGUAAUCUAUUUCUUGCAAGCAUGUUUGACAGCAUCCUGGGAUAUGAGGGAAUUGCCGUCGGCGGAGGUGGUGCGUAUCUUCCACCUCCAAUGCCCUCUGUGCCGAUGCCUGUGCCUGAGCAAGCCUCCAGCCAUCCAGAAUGGCACAACAACAUUCCUUCCAUCUCAGAGGGAAGAGCGCGUGCAGCUUUUGAAGAUUACGUCUCCAGCAAGUGCUGCUAUAGUUCUGCCCCCGUCAGAGAUGGAGUUAUAACCAACAUGGAGUCCUUUAACACCUACAGGUAUCGUUUGGAGACGUUCACAGAGUACAGAUCUACUAAAUUGUGUCAGGAGCCUUACACAGGGCAGCGCGUCGAUGCCGGGAUUCAGCGUGCUCCUGGACCGUGGGAGAUUGCAGCUCAACCUCCGUCCUACUUUACUGAGCACAAGGAGAAUAUUAGAGUGCCCUACAGUUCCUCAAUCAAGAAAUGUGACCCCUGCGGUGGAUUGGGAAAAAACCCCUGUUCUUCUUGCACUGGAACUGGAAGCGAAGUGUGCUCUGAGUGUAACGGUUCGCGUCAACGUCCUGAUAACGAGUCCUGUGAUAAAUGUGACUAUAAUGGACGUGAAAAAUGUAGUUCAUGUAGCGGCAGUGGCUUCCACGAGUGUGACACCUGUGAUGGAAAGGGACAGCUACUCGUCUACAUCAACCUCAAAGUCAAAUGGAGCACUGAGAGGGAUGAUUUCAUAGCGCAAGAUUCGAGUGGUCUGAGACCGGAAAAGCUGGGAAAGGUUUCAGGGAAGGAGCUCUUCAGAGACGCCCAGAUUACGGUCUAUCCAGUGCUGGGUUUCCCUGAUGUUUCUGUUGCUCAAGCGUCUGAGCGUUUAAUAAGGGACCAUCAGGUGAAAUAUACCAAGAACUCUCGUAUAUUACAGCAGAGGCAGACAAUCGAGCUCAUUACCAUAACAAGGGUGAACUACACUUGGAAAGAGAAGCCCUAUGUUUACUAUGUGUAUGGAAAUGAGUUGAAAGUGAACGUUGAUGACUAUCCCGCCACCUGCUGCUGUUCUGUGAUGUGACUCGACAUGUUCAUUUCAGCGCUGUACAUCCUAACAUCAUAACCGCUGACUGUACAUCCAACAUUCAUCAUCUCAAACCUGACACAAAAAGAAAACAUGUACAAAAUGUCUAUUAUACGCAAGGGCCUGGUUUCACAGACAGGGCUUAGAUUAAGCCAGGAUUAGGCCCUUUAAUUAGGACAUUUGAGUAGCUUUUAUAAACAUGCCUUAGAAAAAAACAUUACUGGUGUGCAUCUUGAGACAAAACGAUGGCAUUGACAUAUUUUAAGAUAUGUCAGAGCAAGUUGCUUUCAGUUAAAACAGCUCAAACAUGCAUUUUAGUCUGGGACGAGACUUAAGCCUUGUCUGUGAAACUGGGGGCAGAAGUUCAAAACUGUUGGUGGUUUGUCAUCUCGCUAUUCAUAAGACAUUUUAAUGUUAGUUUACUAUAAUUUUCUGAGGAACAGUUCUGCAAUAUUGCCUGCAGCAAAUUGUAUGUAAUGAAAAAAUUCAAAGUCUUAAUAACGUGUGAGUUUUGAGAAGGCAACACACUGAUUGAGAAGGGAACACAUUGAAGAUUUGACUUUAUCAAAAAAAUCUUUUUUUUUUUUUUUUUAAAUAAAAUGAUACUUUGACACUUCAGCAUUUGCAAAGUCUAAUUCUCAGAAAUGAAAAACAUCUACUAUGGUAAUAUGGAGUUUUACUCCCCCAGUGGGAUGACUGGGAAAAUGUUCAUUGGCAACCAAAUGUUUAUGAAAGAUAAUUAAUUAAUGUGAGUAUGAAUCAGUGAGACCUUAUUUAAAUGUAAAGUAAAUGAAUAAACCGUGCAACGUUAUGCAAAUGACAAGGACUAAACUUCUUUAAUACAGGAAAUGUGAAGGAGAAGAACUGAAAAGUGAAACUGAGUUAGUGCACACUGUGUUAGAAAGCACAAUAGUUUGAGGAACGAUGAAGCUCCUUUUUCAGGUCCUUUUGCUGUCUGUAAUGUUAGCUUUUCAGAAAUGUCAGGAUACAUGGAAUCUAGAGGACUUUCACGCUUACACCUCUGGAGAGUUGGAGCCACAAAAUGUUACAGUGCCGAACAUCACAGUGUACCGACAGAUGGAGGAGAGAGAGCAUGAUAGUGUGAUAGUGCUGUGCAUCUUUGACCAAAUGUUUGAAAUGAGAGGCAGUUGGCAGAUGCAGUCUUUUGAGCUGUCUGUGGAGAGUGAACUGAACUACACCAAAGAAAUAGAAGAAUGCACUACUUUAGAUAGAAAAAUAUGUGUGUUUAUGGUCACUGUGAGUCCACCUGCUUCCUUCACCUGUGUGCAUGAGAUUUAUUCUGAUGGAGAAGUCAAGUACUUGCACAGCCAGACCUACAAUUACAAUAAGUCAGUCUUGGAUAAUCACAAGGAAGAAGUAUCUUUAUUCUACAUCUGCUUUUCCUCCUUCAUUGCUGUUGGUCUCGUCAUUAUGACUGCAGCAGUGAUCGUGACUACCAUCAGGAGCAAAGCUAAAGACUCCAUCAACCACACCACAACUGUUACAGACAAUGACUAUAUGGAUGCAUAAAUAAUCAGAAGACUUUCUGAAGAGAGAAGAGCAGACCUGAAGAG